UCACUACAUUUUUUCUCAACCCCCUCUUUGUGUGUAUAUAAGAUAUAGGAUUUAUAUAAAUAAAGGUCACUUCUUCUCUCAACCCUCAACAACCUAAAAAAUAUUCACUAGGAUUUAUUUCUUUAUUUUAUUCAUUUAAUUAUUUGUUUCUAGUCUUUAUCAUAUAAUUUUGCAUUGCUUGCCCUGUAAUUCAAGAUCAACUUGGAAAAUUUGCAAGAUUUGGGAUGAAAUCUGGUCGGAUCUUGCUUUGUGGGAUGGGGAUUUUGGUGGGUCUUAUUUCAAUACAAAGCUCUUCUUCCCAUUUCAUAUCCCUCCCAUAGAGAACAACAGCACACCAAAAAAAAAAAACCAUCUUUUCUAAUUCCAUCCUCAGGCUCAGAAGGAACACAAGUUACACCAACCACCCUUUUUCCAAUUCAUUGUUUCUUCACUUUUUCUUCAAUCAAUUAAGGUUCCACUUUGUGUUCUGAGUUGGAGCAAAUGGGGAUGGCUGCAGAGUCACAGUUUCAUGUGUUGGCUGUUGAUGACAGCCUCAUAGAUAGGAAACUGAUAGAGAGGCUUCUAAGAACCUCUUCCUAUCAAGUUACUACAGUUGAUUCUGGUAGUAAGGCUUUAGAGUUUCUGGGUUUGCGUGAGAAUGAUGAGAGCAACCCAAAUACACCAUCUGUUUCUCCUAACAAUCAUCAGGAGGUGGAGGUGAAUCUUGUUAUCACUGAUUACUGUAUGCCUGGCAUGACAGGCUAUGAUUUGCUAAAGAAAAUCAAGGAAUCUUCAUCUUUGAGAAACAUACCAGUGGUGAUUAUGUCAUCUGAGAAUGUGCCUGCAAGGAUUAACAGAUGCUUGGAGGAAGGAGCAGAAGAAUUCUUCUUGAAGCCUGUGAGGCAAUCAGAUUUGAAUAAGCUUAAACCCCACAUGAAGAAGACCAAAUUGAAAGAUCAAAGUCAAGAAACAGUAGAAAAACUUGAAAACUCAGAAGUUCAACAGUCACAACAAAUACAAAGUGACCAACAAGAAGCUCCAAAAUCCCAAGAUCUACAACCAGAGUCAGAGACACAUUCACGGCCAACUAUAGAACAACAGCAACAAUCACUACAACAAGCCAACAAUAACAAGAGAAAGACCAUGGAACAGGGUCUUUCACCUGAGACUGACAGAACAAGACCAAGAUACAGUGGCAUAGCCACUGUGGUAUGAUCAUAAAUCAUUGCCAAAUAAUUUUAUUGAAUUUCAAAAUGUAAUUCUCAUAUAACUUAAAAAAAA